AUGUCGGCGGGAGGGAACGAUGCCGAUCUUGUCAGUAUCCUGAACCUGUGUGUAUACAGCUUCGAUCUUUCGGCGUAUCUUUACACAAGCUGUGACCAACAGCUAUCCAAAUCCCGGUCCACCAUCGAGAACGUUCAAUUCGCCUCAAAACUGGACGACUUGAUUCAAACAACUAAAUCAAAACUGGCGCCCGGAGGCAAAAUAUACUAUGUUGGAUACGCAAAGUUCUUCGACAUCAGUGAUUCUAGCUGCGACCAAGUGUCGUGGCGUAUAUGGCUCAACAUCGGCAAACGUCAGCCUGCCCUGACACAAGCUCGUCGUCGGACAAUGAACGAUCUCGUGGACUCGAUGAACGACGCUCUUCGUGCCGCUGUAUCCAGGGCUGGUGAGCAAGUGCAAUUCAUUGACUUCGACGACUAUGUAGGCCCAACCAAUGGAAGAUACUGUCAACCGGAUACCGACGAGAGCGGAGGCAAUAGUGCCAAUCGACAAGACCUUUUCUUCUACGAGAUGAGAAGCCAAGACUUUCCAUGGACGGAGGUAGAGAAAGAGUGGACGCACGAUGAAUUGAAACGACGCUCGAAUAAUCUGGAGCACAGCAGCGACACCGAGUCUGUCAAUCAAACACUGAACGCUCUAUACGGAGCCCUGAUACAAGCAGCUAUUGAUGGCGACGACGACAUUGCAGUUCUUGACGAUGAUAACGCCAAUAAUGACUUGGAAGCAGAAGUUGCUGAGGAGGAACAGAUCGAAGAGCAGCUCAAGGAAGCCUCGAUUCAAGUAUCACAACCCCGAGCUGCUACCACCCCGCAAACGUCUCACCAGGAUCGACAUGAUCACGGUGGCCAUGUCAGGCGAUCUUGGAACGACACGUCUGGUGCUGAAAGAGUUGCGGAUAGAUCCGGGUUCCUUGCCAGUCCAUCGGCGGUUAUGUCGCUUCACGUUAACACACGACCUUCACUUGUGGGCUUUGCAUCGGGUACCGUGUCCUCUACCAAAUAUCGACCAACGGGCGCAAAUCAUACCAACCUGGGUACAAAAUGGUCCCUCGGAAGUGCGAUCUCUUCAAGCGAUCUCUCAAACUCCCUCUCCGGCGGAAAUCAGAAUCAUACAAGACUUGCGGCAAAGGACUCCAUGGGCACUAUUAUUGCUAAUCGCACCCACGUCCUACUUGGCAGCCAGCAAGUGGUGUCAAAGUUCAGCAUCAAGCAAUUGUUAGUUUCCGAUGGAAUCGCGAGAGUCUUUCAUCCAACGCAAGGGGGCCAUGCUCUUAUUGCCAACUUGAUAUUGUAUCAUAUGGCCGCAGACAACGCUAAAUCCCAGGGGAUACAUUCAUUUCCAUCUGAGGUGGUGAGCAGCACCGGCUCAAGUCAACCGCAAAUCGGUGGCGCCGCAUGCACGACAGAUUCGUCCGAUACCUGGUCCCAACGGGAGGCGAUGAUAUCGGCUCUUGACAGCUUUUGUGCAGAUCCCCACAACAUCAAAGGGAACCGCGAUACGGUGACCAGCGAAACAUUCAACCACGAUUCACUGGAUUAUAUGAACGUGUCAAUCCGCUGGAGCGACAAUGCUGUCAUCGGCGAACACAGUUGUUCGGCUUGGCUGGACGUUGUCACUGAUGGUUGCGAUGUUCCAACGGAUGGAAAGAACUCUGCAAAUCUCAAGCACGGUGGCAUCAUCCCUUAUCAAAGUAAGGUCGGCAAUGCCUCUCUUAGUAUCGAGCCGCUCGUUGUACGGCGCGUUUGGGACAAAGGCAAAGCAGGUGGUCAACAGUGCAAUAGCAUCAGCACGAACAACUACCUGGACCAGGCCACACUGCAAGGAAAUAUCGUGGAUUACUGCAGACAAUCGAGCGCACAACCUCAUGGCAUUGGCUCUUCAGGCUCAACAUUCUCACAAGUCUUCAACGAGGGCACUCCUAGCCGUGUGGAGAUUGCAACGACAUGGCCAACCGGUGCGCGUAACUAUCAGAUCUUCGAAGAAGAAUGUCGCUAUUACUUGAGCGUUCUGAACAAUGGAUGCAGCCUUCCAGGAACCAACAAUGCGAUGAACUGGAAGCAUGGUGGUAGUAUGUCUGACAACAAUGGCAUAAGGUAUUCUAUUGUGCCGACGCGGGAUCGAACACCAGCGCCGAGCAUACCCUACGGUCAGUGUAGUUCGAUAGGUCACAUUUGGGGUUACAGCUGGGAACUUCGAGGCGUCGGCUUUGCUGGUAGCGACUUUGGUGCAGAGCUUCAGCGCCAGAUCAGAGGCUGCGGCGUAGUGACGGGCUGGAAAUUCGAAUAUUUCGAUGCCCCAGCUUCGGAUGGCACUGAGUGGCAUGCACAAGGGACAUUGCCGCUAUUCAUAUCUGACCACUGCUUUGGCAAAGCCAUCAAGAGCGCCGGCGGCUUUCCGAGCAAGUGCUAG